AUGAGUAUUUCAGGAGCUUAUGGCAGUUAUGGAGGACCACCAGAUGUUCCGAAAUCCUUUACUCGUCAAGCUAUGAUCGAUCUUCUAAAAACCAUCUUACUCGCGAAGAAAAGUAGAAAUAUUGCCCUUCAGAAUAUGGAAGAAGCUAACGCCAUGUGCGGGAUAGAUCUCGUCUACUUGAACGUUGGAGGGAAGAAAUACACCACCAACUUUGAAACGCUAGCACGAUCAAAGAGCUCGUACUUCAACGAACUAAUGAAGAUUGACAGAAAUUCGGGCAGAGUUUUGCUCUUUCUAAAAAAUUGCGCUAUUGACCGAGAAGGAGCUCUUUUUAUCAAUCGUGACGGGGAUCUUUUCGCACAUGCUCUGCAGUUCAUGCGAGAUGGUAGGCGAGCUGUGUUGCCGGAGGACAAGUGUACUUUGAAACAACUCAUUGUGAGUAUCAACUAA